AUGGAGGAGCCGGGCUGCGGGGCGCAGUUCCGCGCCGCCGUGCAGGUGAUCCAGGGGCUGCCGCGGAGCGGUGCGUACCGGCCCUCCUAUGAGGAGAUGCUGCGCUUCUACAGCUACUACAAGCAGGCGACAGCGGGGUGCUGCCAGGGCCCGCGGCCCGGCUUCUGGGACCCCAUCGGCCGGUACAAGUGGGACGCCUGGCACAGCCUGGGCAGGAUGUCCAAGGAGGAGGCGAUGGCCGCGUACGUGGCGGAGAUGAAGAAGGUGGCCCAGAAGGUCAUUGACACCGUGCCCAUGGACGAGACCACCGAGGAAAUGUUCCGCUACUUCGAGCCGCUCUACGAGGUCAUCCACGACAUGCCCCGGCCCCCCGAGUCCUUCUUCAAGAGGAAAGGGGAGAGCCAGGGGAGGCUGGAUGGCCCCAGCCAGGAUGUCCCAGCGAGCAGCCCGGCUCUGGAGAGCCCCAGAGACACCGUGCCUGGGGAGCAGCAGGACGGGCAGCACAUGCCAGGGGCUGGGCUGGCUCCUGCCCCCAAGGCGUUCGAGGGGAGCCAGGUGACGAGUGACUCUGAGGGGGACACAUUCUGUGACACCCUGGAGCAGAUGGAGCCUGAGAAGGCUGGGCAGGUGCAGGGGCUCACCCCAAGUGUGGUCCAGGCUGGGACUGAGCCCCCAGUGCCCCACAGUGCUGGGCAGGGUGAGCAGGGCGAAGGCAGAAGAGCCGAGGGGAGCAGCAGCACCAACCUCACAGCCCUGGGCUCCGAGACAGGUGGGUGCAGAGCUUGUCCCUGCAACCCUUCCUGCUGCUGCCCCUCCCAUGGGCUGGGCUGGAGGGUGGGGGCUGCCACCACCCGCAGAGGACCGAGUUUGGCUCCAGCACCCACAUCAUCAGUAGCUGAAGGAAGUCCUAAGAGUCCUAUCUCUGCACCCUUUGGUCCCCAAGCAGUUCAGUGGCUUUAG